UCAAUCUCACCAUGUUUUAGCUAAACAGCAUCUUGCACUGAACACACCACGUAUGAUAGAGAAAAAAUAAAGAAAAGAAGAUUUAGCAAAUCACCCACAACAGAAAGAAAAUUUUUGACUUAAAUAUCAACAUAAAACCAAUAAUAAAUAUUAAGCGAAAUAACAAAAAUUACGCAUUAUCAAAAGGUUAAUAUUCUUUAAAAUGCAAAAGAUCAAAUUAGGCAAUAAGAACAUAGUGAAUAAUCAAGUCAAAUAAACAAUAACAAAUAUGACUUGAAAACAAGCGAGACGAAGAAAAAAGUUGUGGAAGUGAAAAUAUCAAAUUGUUGGCAAAAAUUUUGUUAAAAAGCGUAUUUUUCGUCGUAAAUUUUCAAAAAGUUUAGGUCAAUGUAAAGUCAAGAAAUACAAAAUAAAUUGUGCAAAUAACUUGUUGUACAGUAUGAAAGCAAGUUCCAAAAUGACGGAAGAAAUUUCGAGCGAACUCCAUAAAUUGGAAAUCAAUUCAACGGAUCCAGCACACUUAGGAGCGAUGAAUCUUAUUGAUACUGCACAGUUACCAUUAAAUUUAAAUCCAUUUUACGAAGAUGAUGCGAAUUCGAAUGACUUAAAAUUUGAAGAUGGAAAGAUUGUUUCGAGUUCAACCCAAUUGCAAAGAAAUAAUCAAGGUUGUCGACGUUGCAGAUUACGUCGUCGGUCUGAGAGUAAUGCAGAUGCAUACAAAUCCGCAACGACGGUUCUAUCUACAGAUACUUCCGAAGUUUCAUGUGAAACACACACUAUAUUAGGAGUUCAACGACAAUCUUUAAAGCAUCGACGCAGUAUUUUGCGACCACCCGUGCUGCGUAAACUGCAAAAUUUACAGAAGCUUCUGCACACAUUGCCUAAAGUUGAUAAUGAGCAAACCUCUACAGCUGCAAUGGGAAAUGCUCUGAAUUCGUCAAUAAAUAAGAAUUUAGUAUCGCCAGGAUCGAGUAGAGGGAUUUGCGAUUUUCGUGAUUUAAUUCAUGAAUGUGAAAAUUUAUUAAAUUUAGAAAAUGAUGUCAAAGGACGAUUUGGUUUAGUGAGUCCAGAUCAACGUGUUUCAAAAAAUUUUACAACCAUGCAGUCAUCUAUGCUAUCACGAAGUCUGUUUAGUAACAAAGAGAGAAAUAGUUUUGCACAUACCGGUGCUCAAGCUUGUUCGCCAGAAAGAAAUGUUGGAAAUAAUACCCGUUCCAAUGCAAGUACAUCAUGCUCACAGCAAGCUGGAAACGGUGCCGCCGGGAUUGCAAAUAGCAGUGGCACCAGCGACGAUGUAACGAUCGAUGAACUUGCCAGCUAUUUUGACACAUUUGUGCACAUACCGAAGAAAAUGUCAACUAUGGCAGAAAUGAUGUAUAUAUGAAGUGGUUAUAUUAUUAGUCGAAGGCAUACGGUUUUCAUGCAGUUUUUAAUAUUUGGCGCCACUCUGGGCAUAAGCGUUUACAAACGAACAAAUUCAAAUGGAGAUCGCUGUAGCAACAAUCAGUUAAACUAAGAUUUUAUUCAAGUAUUCAAGCUGUGUAGACAGCUUUGUUGUGAAGCGAUCAUACAAUUUAUUCUCCUAUCUUUAUGUUUUUUCUUAUAAUGGCUAUAAAAUAUGAUUAUGUAUUUGAAUUUGUAAGGUAUAUAUGAAUGGAUUUUGCUUUAUAUUAUUCGUAGCUAUAUGUAGCUUAUAAUAAAUUAUACUAAGCAGUGCGGUGAGCCUGUCCUUAGAUAGUUUAAUAAGUUUUAAA